AUGACUGAGGAGAAGAAGGCGAUUGUGAGGGAUCUUGGAUUCGGUGGGUUGAUGCACAUCCCACCACUAAGGGUGGAUCACCAACUCUUAAGGGAGCUGGCAAACAACUUCAAACUUGUGGAGAACAGACUGAAGACAGGAUAUGGUUCUUUCCAAAUAACAAAAAAAAAAAACAUAGGUCAUGCGCUUGGCAUCAAUGCAACAGGAGAUCUAUUUCCUGAGAAAGUUGACUAUAAGAAACUUUCUGAUGAUGACAAAAUAAUUUAUAGAAGAUUCCAGGGUAAGACCCUCAAAAGUCUUACCGAUGAAAUGAUGGAAAUCGGCGUUGGCAACGAAGAGGAACGCCUGAUGUUCAAGAGGAUAUUCAUCCUCUACAUACAGAUGGUGUUCCUUUUGCCAACGACGAUAAACAAAAUAUCGCCCGUGCACAUGGCCCCAAUUUUUAAGAUGGACGGCAUAUCGGAGAGAAACUGGGGGGGCAUGUUUUGACCUUCAUGGUCAAGGGCAUCACAGACUACCAGGAGAAGAAGAAGAAGGCAAUUAAUGGCUGCCUCUUCGCCCUGAUGAUAAUCUACUUUCAUCUUUCAAAAAACA